AUGAAAGUGGAGCUGAAAGAUUGGAGGCAAGCCCACGUGCCAAAGCUUUGCUUGACAUCAUCAGAUGAAGAUGAGUCUUUCCAUGCGGUAGCAAAGCUUGUAAAGCAGGAUGGUGAAGUUUUUGUGGCCGCUUGCGAGGCUGGGUGUGUUGUGAAGAGGCCGCAGUCCUUGGACACAGCACUAGGAGCACCACGCAAUCCAGGGAGCCUAGGACACCCUGAAAUGUGUAGAAGGCCUUGCGUUUAUCUAUCUGCUUAUGGCACAACAUGUCCCAACGGGAAUUCUUGCGGCUACUGCCACUUGAGUCACACGGAGCGACGCACGACUCUGGACAAGAGGCAACGGGAGUUCUUGAGGUCUUUGGAGGAGGGACAAUUGAUCAGUGUUCUCCUGCCGCACUUGCAAGCCAAGCUGACCUUGGGGAAGGUGCCAGCAGCAGCCAUCCAUGUGAUCCAAUAUUUAGAAGCCCGGAAAGACCGUUCGUGGCACGCAGAGGAGCCCGGAAGUUCCAGAGAAUCUGGAUUUGGUCCUGGGGCAAAUGAGCUUUUCUUGGCUGAUCAGUCUCUUUCCCUUCAAGAACGACCCAGGCUUUGUUGA